CUGUUAUCUUUGUAAAUUAAACAAUGUUUUAAUAAAAAUAAAUUUUUAAAAAUGAUUAACUCUAAUGUUGUGUACUAUACAUAUUUUACAUGCACUUAUUCAAGUGUGUUUUAUAAAUUAUUCCUAGUAACAUAUGUGUUAAUGAAAUGUACAGAGUAUUAUAAUUUUUCAUUAUUUUUUCCCGAGUCACUUCUUUACGUAUGUAAAUAGAUAAAAAACUGAUAUAAACUUUAGUUAGGAUUUGAAAUUACAAAAUUUUAGUUAUUAUUACAUAAAGAUGUUUGCUCGAAUUUGUAUGAAUGGAAUUAAUUCUAAAAUAUCAAUUUCAUUCCCCGUACUAAGGAACAUUAGAAACUAUCCUCCUAUGAUGUCCAAGUUUGAUCUUCCUGAUAUUUUGAAAGGCAAUGAAAAGUCUGUAUGGGUUGAAUACAUUCAACUUGCUUUAAAAUAUAAACCAUUGAAUUUGGGACAAGGAUUUCCGGAUUUUCAUGCCCCUGAAAGUGUAACAAAGGCUUUAAGUGAUACAGCUAUAAGUGAAAAUCCUCUUUUAAAUCAAUAUACUAGAGGAUUUGGUCAUCCUCGUUUAGUAAAUGCAAUUGCCAAAUUAUAUUCAAAGCUCUUGAAUCGUGAUUUAGAUCCAAAUAAUGAAGUUAUUGUUACUGUGGGUGCGUAUGAAGCUUUGUAUUGUACAAUUAAGAGCCAUACAAAUCCUGGCGAUGAGUGGAUAAUUAUCGAACCCUUUUUUGAUUGCUACAUGCCUAUGGUGAAAAGUGCUGGUGGAGUACCUAGGUUCAUUGCGUUAAAACCAAUAAAUACAAAUGGUCCUUUAAGUUCAGCAGACUGGGUAUUUGACGAACAAGAAUUAGAAAAUCUGUUUAAUGAGAAAACUAAAGGAAUAAUUAUUAACACUCCACAUAAUCCUGUCGGAAAAGUUUUUACAUUAGAUGAAUUACAGUUUAUUGCUAAUUUAGCUAAGAAAUGGAAUACACUUGUUAUAUCGGAUGAAGUUUAUGAAUGGAUUGUGUAUGAACCAUACAAACACAUUAGGAUCGCAACAUUACCUGACAUGUAUGAACGUACAAUUACCAUUGGUUCUGCUGGUAAAACAUUCAGUGUGACUGGAUGGAAAAUAGGAUGGGCCUAUGGUCCAGCUAAUUUGUUGCGAAAUUUACAAAUUGUUCACCAAAAUGCUGUAUAUACCUGUUGCACACCUAUUCAAGAAGCAGUGGCUAUUGGAUUUGAGCAAGAAUUAGCAAGAUUUGGUCAACCAGAUUGUUACUUUGUGAGCUUAGCAAAAGAGCUGGAACCUAAACGGGAUUACAUGGCUAAAUUUCUUACUGAUGUGGGAAUGGUGCCGACAGUUCCUGAAGGUGGUUACUUUAUGGUAGCAAAUUGGUCUGCUUUGGAAAAUAAGGUUAAAUUAGAGGAAGAAACAGAUGAAAAUAAAGAUUAUCGAUUCACAAAGUGGAUGACAAAAAACGUUGGAGUUCAAGGAAUUCCUCCUUCCGCAUUUUAUAGCGAUGAACAUAAACACCUGGGGGAAGAUACUGUUCGGUAUUGUUUUAUAAAGAAAGAUGAGAAUUUAAAGAAAGCAGCUGAAAUUUUGAUGAAGUGGAAACAAUAGUAGUUAUCAAAAACGUUAUAUUUCAUAUUUUUACUACGAAAGUCCUUAUUAUUUAGCAAUCACUGUUAUAUUUAAAUAUUCUACAGUUUAUAAAAUUGUAGGCACUGUGCAACGAAAUUGUAUACUUUAUACGGAGAAAUCUCCGCGUAACCACUUCUUUGCAUCCUUAGUAUCAGCUCCAAAAGUUUU